CUGUCAGUAGUUAAAUUUUGCUUGACAGAGGAAGCUGCUUCUUGGAUUAUAAGGACGUGUUUCAAUAGACAGACAUCCACAUGCUGUUUUGUAAAGAUACAUAUAAUCCCUGGAUAUAACCAUGUUUUUGUGGCUAGAACUCUUGGUGUUUGGCUUGGCUCUUGUGGACAUGGAAGUUUUCAUAAAUGGCCAAUCAAUACCACCACCGCUAACAACAUCUAUUAUAAAAACAACAAAUGGAAAAACAACUCCUGACUUUCCAAUGACACCUGCACGCACCACUCCAUUCUCACCUGCAAGCACCUUUGAAGCAAAGCCUGGUCCUUCAACCAACGAAACAGUGCCUCCUCCUGUUUCUCAGGCUGUUAAUUUUACUGAAGCCUCUCUUAGCAAAGAGAGUGUGGCUUUCCUUGCUACUUCUGCUUCCCUCACUAUCUCAGAUGAUGGGAGUACUUUCUUUACUCCAACCACUGGCACUGCAACAAGCAUCUCUUCAGCUCUCCCAAACACCACCUCAAUAGACAAUCGUAAGGCUUGUGACGCUAUUUCGCCUAUUCCGACGUUUACAGAUGAUCGUCAUGCUGCAAAUCUUAUGUUUAAUGGAUCAUUAGAUUUGCUGAAUGUUACCUGCAUUUCUUGUGAUUGGAAAAAAAAGACCAUUACUUUAUCUCAUCUGAUAGAAUGCCAAACCUAUAACAUAACAGCAAAGUUCAGCGAAGAUUGCGAGAAACCUUUUUUCAUUAAUGUUCCCAUUUCUGAUAACAAGCAUUUGGAUAAAACCGUCACUAAUACUACAAUAACUUUAGUUUGGGACAUUGCUAAUCGGUGUGAAUUGAAAUAUUCAUAUUGCUGUUUCCAAAAUGAUAAUAAGUCUAACUGCAUUUGGAAUGAUGUGAAUAAGUCAGAGUAUCAGUUUAAAGAGUUGCCACCCAACACAAAUUACACAUGCAAAUCAAAAAUUGACCAAUCAAGAUUUCUUAAUACACCAGUACAUCGUACACUUCAGAUAACAACGGACUAUGGAAGGCCAGACCUACCUAAAAACUGUUCAUCAACGUCAACUACAGAAAGUAUAACAGUUACUUGGAGUGCACCACAAACCCAGAGAAAUGGCCCUAUUGAUGGUUAUAUAAUCAAAAUAUUCGACAAGAAAUCUGGUGUUCCAGACGAUCUAAACCCUAGGACAGAAUAUAAUAGCAUGCAACAUAAAAGGACUGGUUUAAAACCUUAUACAAAUUAUACAGUGAAGGUAUUGGCAUUCACAGAGAAGAAAAGACUCCCAUCACUUGAGGGGCUUCCCUGUACUGGUUAUAUUAUGACUAUGCCAACAAAACCUAGUCCUUUGAGAAACUUUGAAGUAAACAUAGCCGGGGAUGGAAACAAUAUUGUAGAUGUUUCUUGUGAAGGACCAGAUGAAUUAAAUGGACCCGGCAAAGUCUAUAUUUUAGAAUGGGAUGGCGGUGAGACAAAGAACAGCAGCAUUUGCAAAUUCAAAGUGGACAACCUUUCUUUUUUGAAAACAUACACUUUUCAAGUAUCCGUUUCCAAUGGAAAUUAUUCUACAGAGCCAAUAUUGGAAAAUAUAACCACCAAAUAUAAUACUAAAGCUGUCAUUGGAUUCUUGGCAUUCCUGAUUAUUGUAACAGUUUUGGCUUUACUUCUUGUCCUGUAUAAAAUAUACAUUCUUAACAGAAAAAACUCAAGGGAUGAAGAAGAAGGAGUAAGGCUUGUAACCAGAGAUGAUGAAAGACACAUGAAGAACAUAGACCCAAUUCCUGCAGAAUUAUUGUGGGAAGCUUAUAAAACAAAAAUAGCAGAUGAAGGAAGGCUUUUUCUGGAUGAAUUUCAGAGCAUUCCCAGAGUCUUCAGUAAAUACCCCAUAAAAGAAGCACGCAAGCCUUAUAACCAGAACAAGAACCGUUACAUCGAUAUCCUCCCUUAUGACUACAAUCGUGUGGAGCUUAAGUCAAGCCCUGGGGAGCAGGGAUAUGACUACAUAAAUGCAAGCUAUAUCGAUGGUUUUAAAGAAAUGAAAAAAUACAUUGCUGCACAAGGUCCCAAGGAAGAGACAAUAGAUGAUUUCUGGAGAAUGAUCUGGGAACAAAAAGCAACCAUUGUUGUCAUGGUGACUCGCUGUGAGGAAGGCAGCAAGAUCAAAUGUGCCAAGUAUUGGCCAUCAAUGGAAGAGGAGACUGCAUCUUAUGGGGACAUUAUAGUAAGCAUAAAUGAAUGCAAAGUGUGUCCAGAUUACAUUAUUCAGAAGCUGCAUAUCAACCAUAGAAGAGACAAGUCAUCAGGAAGAGAUGUGACCCACAUUCAAUUUACAAGCUGGCCAGAUCACGGGGUACCCGAUGACCCCCAUCUUCUGCUCAAGCUGCGGCGCAGAGUCAAUAUUUUAAGCAACUUCUUUAGUGGCCCAAUAGUAGUCCAUUGCAGUGCUGGUGUAGGACGCACUGGAACCUAUAUUGGGAUUGAUGCAAUGCUGGAGGGAUUAGAGGCUGAAGGACGAGUCGAUGUAUAUGGAUAUAUUGCAAAAUUACGGCGUCAGCGAUGCCUCAUGGUUCAAGUGGAGGCACAGUACAUCUUGAUCCAUCACGCUUUGGUUGAAUAUGUCCAAUUUGGCGAAACAGAGGUCUUUGUUUCAGAACUGCCCAAUUAUCUCAGCCAGCUAAAGAAAAAGGAUUCGCUCAGUGAUCCAUCUCUGCUGGAAGCUGAAUUUCAGCGACUGCCUUUAUACAGGAACUGGCAGAAUCAGAAAGUUGGUAGAAAACCAGAGAACACACAGAAAAACCGGAGUGCCACAGUAAUUCCAUAUGAUUACAACAGAGUGUUAUUCAGACACGAAGAAGAAGGGAACAGAGAGAGUGAACAAGAUGUUGAUUCAUCUGAUGAGGAUAGUGACUGUGAAGAGGAACCCAAUAAAUACAUCAAUGCUUCCUUUAUACCCAGUUACUGGGUUCAAAAUGGAAUUAUAGCAACACAAGGACCCCUUCCAGAAACAAUAGGUGACUUCUGGAACAUGAUUUAUCAAAAGAAAGUCAAAGUUAUUGCUAUGUUGACAGACAAUCAGGAACUCUGUGCACAAUAUUGGCAAGAAGAAAAAAUAACAUAUGAUAAUAUCACUGUUGAACUAAAAGACAGCAACUGUAGCCCCAGUUACACCAUCCGUGCCUUUGACAUAACUCACGUAAAGAGGAAAGACAGCAGAAAAGUGUUUCAGUAUCAGUACCAUAAAUGGGAUAGUUCUGCUCUCCCAGAAACCCCCCAAGACUUAAUCACCAUGAUCCAGAGUCUCAAACAGAAAUUUUCAACCCAAGUUGCAGCUGAAGCAAAUGUGACCAACAAGAACAAGAACGUUCCACUUGUUGUCCACUGUGGUGAUGGUUCUAAACAAACGGGAGUAUUUUGUGCUUUGCUAAAUCUCUUGGAAUGUGCUGAGACUGAAGAUGUAAUCGAUGUUUUCCAAGUUGUGAAAGCUCUUCGUAGAGCCAGAACAGAAAUGAUUUCCUCCUUUGAAGGUUAUCAGUUUCUAUACGAUACUGUUGCAAGCCUGUAUCCUGCCCAGAAUGGACAGCUACAAAAUGCCCAACGCCAUGAACAAAUCACUAACAUCCAGAAUGAAGUCAAGAAAGAAGAAGAGAGUAACUCUUUGGAAUCUGAUGUCCAACUUAUGAGUCAUGAAAAUGGAAAUGAUGCUGAAAGAUGCGAUGAUUUCAAAGCCAAGGAUACAUCUAGGGAAGCAGAGAGUUCUGUUAAUGGACCUACAAAUCCAGUUUUAAGUGACAUGGCUUAGAAUUUGAAUCAAUCCUCUGUCCACACCACAGAGAAUCUUACCUGCAAAAGAAAAUUGAAACCAGAAUGUUAGAAAUGGGCAUUCCUUUAGAGAACACAUCUUGUAAAACUCAAAAGGAUUUUUUCCUUCAAGGAACAAUAUGGAAGAAUGAGGAACUUUCGGCUAGAUAUAAGAAGACUGUGAAUUUUGUACGUGUGUUUGUAUGGAGAUAUGGAGAUUUUAAUCACUGGUUGUGAUUUGUACUGUUCAAUAUUUUUGGAAGUACAACAUACUUUUUUAUAUAUAUAAAGGUCUUUUCCAUAGUUCCAAAAGAAGAGAAUUGCUCUUCUCUUCCUUGUUGUUGUUUUUAAGAGGAAAGAAAGUUAUUCAUACAUAGUUUUGUCUGUGAACAUAUUCAGGUUGGUAUCCAAAAAGAAAUCACAACUGAUUCUGAAUGCCCAGAGUAUGUAAAAAAAGGAUGAGGCUUCAAGUAUAUGCUUGUAGUCACCAUCUUGACUUUUUUGACCUUCCCUGCAUAUGCCAUAAUAUAUGUUUAAAUUGAGAACUAUUAGAUCCAUACUUCUAAAAUGAUUUGAAUUUUAAAAUGAAUUUCUGCUAUUGGAUGAGAGUUAUUGAUAAAUGUCUUGGAAUGGGGACCAAACCCUUUCAUCCUUGGUCAAAAUCCAUAGCGAUUGCAUGCUAAUUUUAUCGGUCAAUUAGUUUUGGCCCAUUCACAAAGUGAGUCCAGUUUAAAUAUGGAUAAUGAAAGUACAACGUUCACUGGAGUCAUAGGAUAUUAAAAUGAAAUGACUGUAGUCUUGCAGGUUUACAUGGUAAUAAUGAACUGAGGCAACAGACAAAAGUUAUCAAAACAAGAGAUGUAAAAUAAAGUUUAUGAUCUGGGUUAGUAUAAACGUGGACACAGAAACUGAGCAAAAAACCUUAAAAAGUUAAAAUUCCUUUGACUUGAGCUCAGCUAGUGAAGAAGGUAUGAUAGAUAUCCUUUUCUCAACAGCAACGUGGGAAGUGUUUUGCCAAAGCACAAUUUUCUAGUAAAAGUUUUUCAAAUUGCAAAUCUAAACGUGGCCUCACGAUGGCACUAUACGUACAAGGAAUUCAUCUGAAUCACCAACAAAUUUAAAGUUAUGAAUGCUGAAAGCUGCAUAAACUUAAUUCAGCUAACGUUUUUUUAGAUAUGUUAAUACAGAUGUUCUGUUUUGUACUCUGUUUCUAUGGCUUGAAUAGAAGUUUUAUUUACAAGACGCUCUAUUUUAUUCUUUAUAGUUUAUUCCUUUGGAAAGGCUGCACUUUGCAUUAAAUUUUAUAUGGAAAACAGUU